CCCCGCCCUUCUCUUUGCAGGACGUCACCGCGGACUGCAGGGGCCUGAGCCGCUGCUGCUGCCGCCGCCGCCGCGCAGCCCCACAUCAGCUCACUGGGGGCCCGUCACCACCGCUGCCAAAAAAGUCCCUGCCGUUAGAGUCGCCACCGCAUCGGUGCAAGGCAAGAUGGCGUCAGCCACAGACUCGCGCUAUGGGCAGAAGGAGUCCUCGGACCAGAACUUCGACUACAUGUUCAAGAUCCUCAUCAUUGGCAAUAGUAGUGUGGGCAAGACGUCCUUCCUUUUCCGCUAUGCAGACGACUCCUUCACGCCCGCUUUUGUCAGCACUGUGGGCAUCGACUUCAAGGUCAAGACCAUCUACCGCAAUGACAAGAGGAUCAAGCUGCAGAUCUGGGAUACGGCAGGGCAAGAACGGUACAGGACCAUCACCACAGCCUACUACCGAGGUGCCAUGGGCUUCAUCCUCAUGUAUGACAUCACCAACGAGGAGUCCUUCAAUGCUGUGCAGGACUGGUCAACCCAGAUCAAGACCUACUCUUGGGACAAUGCCCAGGUGCUGCUGGUGGGGAACAAGUGUGACAUGGAGGAUGAGCGGGUAGUAUCAUCAGAACGCGGCCGGCAGCUGGCCGACCACCUUGGGUUCGAAUUCUUUGAGGCAAGUGCCAAGGACAACAUUAAUGUCAAGCAGACCUUUGAGCGCCUGGUGGAUGUCAUCUGCGAGAAAAUGUCUGAGUCACUGGACACAGCCGACCCCGCGGUUACAGGCGCCAAGCAGGGCCCACAGCUCACGGACCAGCAGGCGCCUCCGCACCAGGACUGCGCUUGUUGAGAGCUGGCUGGCCCAUCCUGGUCCCCACCCCUGCCUACCCUCACCCCCCCAGGCCUGACCUCCUGGAUGCCCCACCCCACCCCCAGCUGUGGGCACGAGACCCCUGCCCCUGAAUUAGCCCAUCACCCUUAUUUAUUAUUGUAGCUAUUUAUUUAUUUAUUUAUUUAUUUAUUGGAGAUGUCCACUGGGGGCUCGGCACCCCACCCACCCUGUACAUAUAGCCCUGUCCCCGCUCUGCCGUGGCGUGUCGUGGCCCCUCGAACUUACCACUCACCUUCCUCUCCAGACCUCACCUUUUUAAAAAUUCACCCCAUCAAUAGUUCUCGGUUUUUAAGAGGGACCAGAUGACACCCGAGGGCAGGGUGACCGGGUGAUGGGAGGUAGGUAGCCAGGCCUGCCAGCCCCUUGGCUGUGACACGAUGGGCUGAGGCCACAGUGGGGUCUCAGCAUGGACCACAGGGUGGGUCAGAGCUGGGCAGUGGCCUGCCUGGCUCCCUGGCCCCCAAGGUUUUACCUUCUUUCUUGGAGGGGAGGCUGCUGUGGGUACUCACCACCCUAGGACCCCCCCCCAGACCUAUCUGACAUCGUAAGUGUCAAAUGUGCCCCCAGUUCCCCAGGAGAUGUCAUGACAACACUACACACACCCAAUAAAGCAAAUGGACAAUG